AUGCUGACGGCGACGACGAUGCGGAUGCGGCACGUGUCUCUUUUGUUGGUCCUCGUGCUGUGCGGGGCGUGCAGCAGGGCUGCGGCGGAGGACCAGAAGCUGGCAGCAGGAUUGGUUCUGGGCACAGAAGCACAGCUGUCUGCAGCGAUUGAAGCAGGGGAUGAUGAAGAUGGUGGCGGAAGUAUAACGGAUUCUUCUAAACAGAGUCAAAAAGAUCAUGUGGACGAAAAGGCUAACACUGAGAAUUGUGAUGCACAGACCGGCAGUGGUGCCGGUAAAUGCGCCACAACUGGGACCCAAGGUAAUGGCGCUUCAAGGUCUGAAACACAAAAUCUAUCUGCACAUGAUUCAAACCAACGUCUUGAAAAGCACAAACAACACGAUGCUUUAGGCGGUGGUGGAAUGCCGAGAAAUGAAGAAGGACCUCCUGGGCAAGACAAAUCGAGUGCUCGGGUAACCGGUGCGACUAUUCCAACGGGUGGGGAAACACCCAAUAAAGCCGAGUGCCAUCGCAGUGGUGGGAACCCGGAUGUGAGUGCCAACCGUCAUACAACAGGAUAA